GGGUACCAUCAKAUUGCAAUACGGUCCGAGGAUCAACACAAAACCGUUUUUUAGACCAGGUACGGUCUGUACGAGUUUGUGGUGAUGCCUUUCGGCCUUUGCAAUACUCCUGGCACCUGUUAGCACGCCAUGAACCGGAUCUUUCAUGACUACUUGGACAAGUUUGUCAUCGUGUACCUCGAUGACAUACUUAUCUUUAGUAGAACUGUCGAAGAGCACGUUGGCCACUUAGACAAAGUCCUUAGACUUCUUCGACAGCACCAGUUCAAGAUCAACAGGGAGAAAUUCGAGUUUGGCCGCACCCGGAUGUUGUAUCUGGGUCAUGAGAUUUUCGUGGAGGGACUGAAGCCCGAUGACGUGAAGGUGGCUAACAUUCGUGACUGGUCGCGUCCUCUGUCUAUGACUAAGAUGAGGUCCUUCUUAGGGAUGACCGGCUACUACCGCAACUUUGUGAAGAAUUAUAGCAUAGUGGCCGCACCUUUGACGAACCUAACCCGCCUUGACACCCCAUGGGAGUGGACAGACAGGUGUGAGGCUUCUUUUAGACAUUUGAAGCAUGCCCUCACUCACCAUGAGGUUUUGAAACUGCCCGAUCCUGACAAGCACUUCGUUGUAACCACGGAUGCCAGCCAAUAUCGCAUUGGUGCCGUGCUUGCGCAGCAGGAGGGGAAAAGGUUAAGGCCGGUAGAGUACAUGUCCAAAAAGAUGCCCUCUCAGAAGUUGGCCAAGUCCACCUAUGAGAAGGAACUCUACGCGAUCUUCAAAGCGUUGACUGACUGGAGGCAUUACCUCCUUGGUCGCUUCUUCUACGUGAGGUGGAUGAAGACUCAAUCGGCACUCUCCGAGGCUAUGAAGCGAUGGAUUGAAGUCAUAGAGCAAUAUGACUUCGAGCCCUGGUACAUCAAGGGGGAGUACAAUAAGGUUGCUGAUGCGCUGUCGCGUAGGCCAGACCUCCUGGGUGCGUUGAUCACUGAGUUUGGGCUUGCGGACAAUGUUACUCAAUCCUUAGUGGAAGCCUAUUGCGAGGAUCCGUUCAUGUCAGAGAUCAUACGCAGACUCAAGGCGAAGGAUAAAGUGACUUCUGACGAGUUUGAGUUGGUCAAUGGCCUGCUUUUCCUUGAGAAGGCCGGGAAUAAACGUCUGUGUGUACCCAAUAGAGAGUCUUUGCGUAGUUUCUUUCUAGGAGAAUUUCACGAUGCCACCGAACAUUUCGGGUGUACGAAAACUGCAGCUAAUCUGCUGCAGCGAUUCUGGUGGCCCACAAUGAUGAGAGAUGCCAAGCUGUACGUGGAGACAUGUCAGGUAUGUCAGAGAGACAAGCCCCGUACACAGGCCCCUCUUGGGAUUCUCAAGCCCCUUCUGAUACCGGAAAGGCCAGGUGAGAGCCUGUCCAUGGACUUCAUGGACACGCUGGUCACCAGCAAGAGUGGAAUGCGAUAUGUCUAUGUCAUUGUGGAUAGGUUUCGCAAGUUUGCUAGGUUAGUCGCAAUGCCUGCAACAGCCAAGACCGAGUACGUAAUUAAGUUGUUCAAAGAAAACUGGGUCAAGGACUUCGGUUUCCCAAAGUCUAUAAUUAGUGACCGGGAUGUGCGAUUUACCAGUGAAUUGUGGAAGGCCGCAGCUGCAGAACAGGGGACACAUCUGCAGAGCAGAGCAGGUGAACCGCGCUGUUCAACACCUGCUGAGGCAUUACAUCAAGCCCAAUCAGGUGGAUUGGGAUGAGAAAGUUGCUCUCAUCGCCAGUCUGUAUAACAACGCCAUGCACAGUGCAACAGGGGUGAGCCCCAACAGUUUGCUACUGACUUUCAAACCUAGACUGCCCUUAGAUUUUCUACUACCCGAGAAUCAGCCUUCUGCUGCACCAGACACCUUAGAAUUCGCUUAUCGAUAUGAGCGCCUGAUGCAGCAAGCUGUAGAACAGAUGCACAGGGCACAGGCGGCGAUGAUAGAGUCUGAGAACAAACACCGCCGCCCAUC